AUGAUCAUUCCAGUUCGCUGCUUUUCCUGUGGAAAGGUCGUUGGUGACCUCUGGGAACGAUAUCUCCGAUAUCUUGACGAGGGCUUGAACGACGGCGAUGCCAUGGAUCAACUCGGGCUUCGCAGGUACUGCUGCCGCCGCAUGGUUAUGACCCAUGUCGACCUUAUCGAGAAGCUUCUCAAGUACACUCCCGACGGACGCGAUGCGAAGAAGAACCACCUUGCGCCUUAG